AACGGUUUUCAUUACUUAUAUCGUUAAAACUGACAGUUUCUGUCAAUGUGUAAUAGAGUGUGUAAUAUAAAAAUUGUAGAUUAAAACAUACAAAGUGUAUGUUGAAGAGUUAAGUCUCAAAAACAAACAAUUAUAAGUGUUUCAAGGGAGUGUGGUGAUUGUCAUCCCAAUAAUGCUCCCAAUGAAGCCAUGAAGAGGAGCAAAUAUUUAUCAGAUUAUAUGAUGUACCUGCUGGUCAUGCGACCCACCAUGCUACAGUUUGAGCAUCGUAGGAAUUUCUGGUUGGAACAUGUUAUUGAUAAGCUCUGUCACCCUAAAGCACCAAAUAUGAGAGCUUUGCUCGAGUCACUGCUGGACCUUCCCGAAUCCAGUCCCGAGGAUAUGACGAGUACUGCGAUGGAGAAUCUGCCAGAUUUUGCUAGAUACCUUGCCAAAACAUUGAAUCAAUGCCACAAUAAAUGGGAGCUGAUAGAGGCAAUGUGGAUUGAGAUGCUUCUCUAUGGAGCUCUUUCGUACCAACAUGUAAACCAUGUUAGGCAUAGCCUGGGACAAUACGGCCGAGAGUCCCUUGCCUUAAUCUGGAUCAUGGUUGGCAAUCAUAUUUUACAAAAAGAGAUAAUGAAAAUGGAGCAGUAGCUCUUGUGGCCUCAGACUUCGCUGCAGGGAAUUUAUGGGUGCUCUUGUUGUGUGUCUGAUUUUCUUCUUCUUUUUUUUUUUUUUCGUCUUCGGUCUUUUUGUUGCGUGUCUGAAAUAAGUGUGCCAGCCUUGAUGCAAUUAGUAUCUUUUUUCUUUGUACAUUGUGCAAUGUGUGUAAUCUAGUUGAAUUCUUGAACAUGAAAUAAAUGUUGGGUAAGUAU